CUCUAUUUCUCGAUCGAUUUUGAUUCCCUUUUUCCCUUGAUUUUUUUUCGAUUAAUUUCGUUCUGCAUCCGAGGAGGAGGAGGAGAUGAAGGGAGCAGCGACGGAGGGGGCGGCUGAGAAGGAGGAGAAAAGGGAGAUGGACGCGGGAAAGAAGAAGAGGGAGGAAGAGAUCAAAGGCGUUAACGGGAAAGCCGACGUGUAUGAAGUCGAUGACGAUGAGGUGGAGGAGGAUGGGGAGGACGACGAGGAGCCGGAGGAGAUCGUGGAGUUGGAUGACGACGACGACGAUGGUGAGGGGUCCGAUGAUGAUGACGACGAUGCUGAUGAUGAUGAUGACGAGGAAGAAGAAGAAGAUGACGAUGUGGAGGAAGUCACACCGCAGGGGCAUCGCCCCCAAGUGCAGGCGGCGGAUGAUGACGAGGAGGAAGAUGAGGAUGAGGACGAAGGCGGUGACGGAGAUGACGACGACGAUGACAGCGACGACGACGAGGACGAUGGCGGGGGUGAGGAAGAGGAGGAGGAACUGGGAACCAAGUACCUUGUGCCGCCAGUGGGUCGUGCAGAGGAAGAGGAAGAUGCAAGCGACUUUGAGCCGGGUGAAGAAACCGACGACAAUGAUGAAGAUGAUCAUCAGGGUCACGGUGGUGGUGGUUCCAUCAAGGAUGGUACCUCAUCAAAGAGGAAAAGAUCAACCAAGGAUGAUUCAGAUGGCGACAGCAAAGGCGACGACGACGAUGAUGACGAGAGGCCACCAAAGCGAUAGUACAUUGGUGAUCUACCUGUUGUCCAAAUGACUUUUGUUUGAACUUUUUAUAAGAGCAAAGCCCCCCAUUACUUGGUGUUUAUUAGGGUUUUAGAUAGCCUGAUUGGGGAUGAUAGAUUGGAUCUGCAUGCAUUGUUUGACAGUGUGUUAGUUAGGCUUUGUACAAGUUAGGAACUUUCAUGUGUUGGUGAUAGGUGGCAGUUGUUUCACUAAGAUCACAUCUUAAAUCUAUGUUUGCAUUCCUCGUGA